AUGGUCCUCUCAUGCACGCCCGGGUUGGAUGCGACGACGCUGGUCGCCAUCGGCGUUGACCAGCCUUCCGUUCGGCUCGCGUUCACGGCCUCCUACGACUCGCAGGACGAGUAUGCACAGGCCAUCAGGGCUGGUGCGAGGCUGGAGAUGUGGACGGACAUCCCUCAUCGCAGCCGGGGAGCGGGCGAAUGGGGCGCGAUUGCAUUUAACGCCCCCGCUGCGGACGACACGACGAAUAAGGCGGAAUUAACUUUCUCGCUAGAUUCUCCAAGAAAGCCGGCGUCGACGGACAAUAGUUCGUUGCAGCUCGAAUACGAUAUGCGCCUCCCCGACUGGCUCGCGACCGAUCGGCCAGCGCGAUUCUCGUACACCUACCGUCUCAGGUGGCCAUCUGGAGAAGUGCGAUGGCUCGGUCAGUUUGGUCGUAAUGGAACGAUCCUCGUCGAGCGCAAAGACCCUCGUUUCAUCUUGGGCGACGGUUGGGUCAAGCGUUCCGAUGGCAGCCUCACUCAUACCGGCGAAGAGAAGGCCGAUGGGACUGUCGAGGUCGGGCGGCUCUCUCGCGAGCUCGAAUGGUCCUAUUGGACCUUCGGCAAAAGUGGUGCCCACCGAUACACCCCCGGUGCCAAGACGCAGGCGGAUAUUUUGCUCUGCUUGCCUCGCGCUCCUGCGCACUGGAUCAUCAAGCCCCAGCCUCUAGCGCUGGCAUUUUCUUUCGCAGCUGAAGGCACAGUGUCGGUCUCACCCUCUGGAAGCAUCAUCGUCGCGCCCGCCAGCGCGGUGUCCGUGCGAUUGGGUACACCUGGGCAUGGCGCCUUCUUCGAAGAAUACCUUUCCAGUCGCUUCGGGGGCGCCUUCCGAAAGCUUGCAGUAUCUGCAUCGGGGGAUCUCCUCCUCGCCUCCGUCGACGAACAAGCCCCAGUUCGUGUCUCCCUCGUACCUCUCUCGAUGUCGAACGGGAAGGUUUCCCUCCCAGUGCGCACCAUCGCGGGCGCGCUCAAAGACGAUGUGCACGCCGGUAUCAUGUUCUAUUCGGACUCCCUUCCCAGUGCCAAAUACGUCGACGCCUCUGCCAUGGAUUCCACUAUCACCAUCCUAGCGGGGGGCGAGUUCGUUGUUGCGUCCGUCUAUGGCAUCGAGCCGAACGGUUCUGCCGGCCCUCAGAUCGCACUCCUCACCCCUCACGAGCAGGUCGAGGAGCCCACGGUCGACCCCAUCGCGACUCUUCCCUCUCCACCUUUGACUCCGCCCCUGACUAUGACCAACCUUGCUUCCUACGACUCCGACAUCCUAGAGCGCGUUGAACCGAUUUCCUUGACAGCCGCUGUAAACGAGAUGCUUGCUCCAGCUGCACCUGAACCCGAGCCGGUCCAGAUGGAGGAGACGCCGUCCAUCGAGGAGGAUGAGACAUCGGUCGAGGCCUCGUCUGCUUCACUGCGUCCUCGCAAGGAUACCGAGCUCGCCCGCCGGCAGUACUCCCGCGACUGCGUGCGGUACUUCAUGUUCUUCUUCUUCGGCAUGACCACACGUUUCUUCAGGGCCCUCUUCUACCAGAUCUUCGGUCCCAGCCGUUCGGCAGGGAGAUUGUUGGCAUCCCUUCAGUUCGGAUCGUCGCGCAGAGUGACCACCACCACCCGUGCCGAGCCGAUUCAACAGGCGGAGGUGGAAGAAGUGGAGGAAACCUUGCCUCCGUCGUUGUCGUUGGACACCGUGGUAGAAGAAACUGAAGAUCAAGAAUCCGAGCCGGAGCCGGUGCGGGAGCCCGAGGUCGAGCAGCCCGAGGCUACAGAGCAGCCCGAGUACACGCCACGGCCGCGGAUCAUAUCCAUCCGUCGUUCCUCCACUCCAGUCCUUCCGAAACCCAUCAGUCGCGCCGUUUCCGCGUCCGUUUCCGCGGCGAUCAGCUUCGACGUCAAGGGCGAGGUGGUGCUUGCCAUACGUUCCGCACCCGGCCACAGCCAGUUGCGCUGGGCGUCCGUGCCCUUGGUGUAUCUCAGCUUCAAGCUCAAUGGCAAACCAGUUGAGAUGGGCGAGAACGAGGAGAUCGACGAAGGCAUCUGGAUUGUCAGGUUCCCGAGCGCGGACAGCGGAAGAUUCAGUGUGCACCUCAAACAGGAUGCAUGA